CUGCGUUCCCUCCCGCAGGGACUGCUGGGCUGAAAUACGAGGCGGCGCGGGGCCGGAGCGAAGCAGAGCGGCGCCGGGGAGAUGUGGCGACCGUUGCAGCUUUGCCACUUCCACUCUGCUCUGCUGCAGAGUGGGCAGAAGCCUUGGCCGCCCCCUGCAGUGCUCUUCAGGAGAAACCUCAGGGUCCUGCCUUUGAGGUCCUCGAGACCCGCGCCCCUGUGGAAGAAGGCGCUGUCUGCCACAGUGGUGGGAGUGCCCCUGCUCCUGGGAGUCCGCUAUUUCACAGCAGAGGCGCAAGAGAAGAGGAGGAUGCGGCUCAUGGUGGACAGCAUCGGGCGCUUUGGCAGGUCUCUGAGGAUCGGCCUGCAGAUCUCCCUAGACUACUGGUGGUGCACAAACAUCAUCCUACGAGGGGUGGAAGAGAACAGCCCGGGGUACUUGGAGGUGCUAUCUGCAUGUCACCAGCGGGCAGCCGAUGCCCUGGUGGCGGGAGCCAUCUGCAAUGGGGGCCUCUACGUGAAGCUUGGCCAAGGGCUGUGCUCCUUCAACCACUUGCUACCCCCGGAGUAUAUCAGGACCCUGCGCGUGCUGGAGGACAGAGCUCUCACACGUGGCUUCCGGGAGGUGGAUGAGUUGUUCCUUGAGGAUUUCCAGGCCCUGCCCCAUGAGCUCUUCCAGAAGUUUGACUACCAGCCAGUGGCCACUGCCAGCCUGGCCCAGGUGCACCGAGCCACGCUGCACGAUGGCACUGCUGUGGCUGUGAAGGUGCAGUACAUCGACCUGCAGGACCGCUUUGAUGGAGACAUCCACACCCUGGAGCUCCUGCUACAGCUCAUCGAGUUCAUGCACCCCAGCUUUGGCUUCAGCUGGGUCCUGCAGGACCUGAAGGGCACCCUGGCCCAGGAGCUGGACUUCAAGAACGAGGGUCGCAAUGCUGAGCGCUGUGCACAGGAGCUGGGGCACUUCCGCUACCUUGUGGUUCCCCGUGUGCACUGGGACAAGUCAAGCAAGCGUGUGCUGACUGCCGACUUCUGUGAGGGCUGCAAGGUCACCGACAUUGAGGCCAUCACGAGCCAGGGGCUGGCGGUGCAGGACGUGAGUGCCAUUCUCGGGGCAGGGGUGGCGGGGUGCUAUCCACGCCCACUGCAUGUUCCACUCUCUCCCCAGGUGGCAGCGAAGCUGAUCCAGGCUUUUGCCGAGCAGAUAUUUUACACAGGCUUCAUCCAUGCUGACCCCCACCCGGGCAAUGGUAGGAAAUCUCCUGGGGGCGGGGGACUCUGGUUGGGUAGCAGGAACCAACAUGCUGUGUCCCUAGUUCUGGUGCGGAAAGGCCCAGAUGGGAAGGCGGAGCUGGUGCUGCUGGACCAUGGGCUCUACCAGUUUCUGGAUGAAAAGGACCGGUCGGCCCUGUGCCAGCUCUGGCGGGCCAUCAUCCUGAGGGACGACGCUGCGAUGAAGGAGCAUGCAGCUGCACUCGGGGUACAAGGUGAGGCAGACUACUUGCUGUUCUCUGAGAUGCUCAUGCAGCGGCCUGUGCGCCUGGGGCAGCUGUGGGGCUCCCACCUGCUAAGCCGAGAGGAGGUGGCCUACAUGCAGGACAUGGCCCAAGAGCACUUCGAAGGCAUCAUGGCAGUGCUCAAGGCCCUGCCACGGUCCAUGCUGCUCGUACUGCGUAACAUCAACACUGUGCGCGCCAUCAACACGGCCCUGGGCAGCCCCGUCGACCGCUACUUCCUCAUGGCCAAGAGGGCUGUCAGGGGCUGGAGCCGCCUGGUGGGUGCAGCGUACCAGGGCAUCUACAGCAUCAGCCUCCUGCGCCACAUCAAGGUCAUCUGGGAGAUGCUCAAAUUUGAAGUGGCCCUGAGGCUGGAAAUCCUGGUCAUGCGGCUCACCGCCCUCCUGGUUCGUGUUCUGGCCCACUUGGGCCUUGUGCCCCAGGCUGAGGAGCUCUACCAGUACCUGGAGACCUAGGGAGCCCUGAGGCCAGGACUACUACUUGGAGCUGCCCAGACCCAGCAGGGCUCACCCAGCCACAGGCCUGACCAAUCUGGCCAGGGCUGGCAGUGCGGACAUGGGGACACACUGUGGGGCUGUGACCACAGCUAGGCCAGGCAGCCAUGCAAUGACUACACGUUCAUCUUAAA